ACGGCUUCGUAUAACCCGCGCUUUGCCCGGUCUCUCACAAUAGCGGAAGCAGGAAGCGUUCUAUCAGAGCAAAGCAUUGUGGGAGAGGUAGUCGUCUGUGGCUUUUAGCAGGCGCUUUGGUACCUGCCCAUAGGCUGCCGUGUUAAAGAUCACUGGAAAAUGCCAAAAUGUAUAGUGAACAAAUGUCCACACAGGACUGGACAGAAAGAACUAUAUCCAACUGUAAUCCUUCAUCCAUUUCCAGCAAAUAUUGAAAAAAUAAAACAGUGGUUAUUACAAACUGGAGAGGACUAUGGUGACUAUGAAGUAUUUGCAGAAAAGAUUUUAAUAGCUAAAAAAACAGAUGCAUAUCGGGUAUGUUCACGUCACUUUGCUGAAGAUCAGUAUGUGCAGAAAGGUCCUCGUAAACUUCUUAAAAAAGAUGCUGUUCCCACUAUUUUUAGCAACCUUCACCCUUUAAUCCAGCUUCACAGCAUCACAGGACCCCCUCCACAAAAAAGAAAGAGGGGAAAUGACAAGAACGGGGUCCCAUCAACUUCCAGUAUAGUCCGUAUAGUCUCUCGAGCAAGAACCAUUGGCACUCAGACUGAUCCUGGAUUUCUGAAGAGAACUACUGGAAUGAACACCAUUCCCUUCUCAUUCAUGCACUCCACAUAUACGCAAAGUGAGCUACCUUUUGAGGUGAUGCACAUGCAAUGCCAAACAAAUGAAGAUUCAGAUCAUGCUGAGUUUUGGAGAAUUGAAAAGGAUCAACUGUAUCCUACCAACUUCUCAACACCCUCAAAGCCAAUCCAGUGGCAGACUAGUGAAUAUUCAGAGCCUGCAAAGUUGUGGCGAGUUGAAAAGGAUCACCUGUAUUCUAUCAGCUUGUCAACACCCACAAAACCAUGCAUCAUAACUAUUCAAACACAAAAAUCUACAAGCGGUCAUAUACCUGACACACCUCCAAUUCAAGAAAAAGAGAUGACUGAGGUGGAACUAGCAACUUCAUUCUCGACUACUAAAGUUCCAAACGACCCAGCUUUAGCCCAUCUUGGGUACAUGUGUGCUGACAUGUCACAGGAUGCUAUAGGAUCCGCUCUGAAAUCAAAUGACCACAACCAACCCAACAAAACCGAUUAUAUCACUGACAGAAAAUUUAUCAUUUUCGAAAGCUGUUUGGAUAAAUUACUCAGGCUUAUUCCUUGUCAGCACAAUGAGGGCGAAAAGUGUGAAGCACCAAUCGCAGAAAUACAAAAACAUAUAGAUGGUUCUAUGGUUAAUAUAAAGUUAUUGUGCCAUAAUAAUCACAAGUCCCUUAACUGGAAUUCUCAGCCAGUGACCUCAGACAUUGCAGUGGGCGAUAUAUUAAUGUCUUCAUCUAUUAUGCUAAGUGGAUCGUCAUUCCAGAAAGUCAAAGAAAUGUACAACCUUUUUGGGGUACAGGCAAUUUCCCAUACAACAUUUCACGAGCACCAGAACAAAUGUAUUUUCCCAGCAAUUGCCUAUAACUGGAAAAAAGAACAGCAUGAAAUUUUUAAUGAAAUUGGGCAGGAUGCAGUUGUCCUCGCAGGAGAUAGACAGUUUGACAGCCCCAGGAACUCUGCAAAUUACUGCAUUUAUUCCUUAAUGAGCAUCCCCACACAAAAAAUUGUAAAUUUUAAAAUUGUACCGUUGGAAGCUGGUCAGAAACCAGUGACAAUGGAAAAAGAGGCUUUUCAGAAGUGCUUUGACGAGGUGCUUUCCAAAAAAGUUGCCGUGCAGAUGGUGGCUACAGACAGACAUGUUCCCAUCCGUCAAUUGAUGGCCACAAAGUACAAAAACAUAAAGCAUCAGUUUGAUGCUUGGCAUUUGUGCAAAAGUGUUGCCAAAAAAAUCACUGCAGCAAGUAGACAUCCCAAGUGCCAAGAUCUUACUUGGUGGAUAACCCCUAUUCAGAAUCAUCUUUGGUGGUGUGUGCAGACAAGUAGGCAAAAUCCAGAUGUACUCGUUGAUAAGUGGCAAUCCGUUUUGUUCCAUAUUGCUGAUGUACACAAUUUCCCAAGAUUAAAACAUUACAAAAGAUGUAUGCAUAGAACGUUAACUCCACAAAAGAGAAAAGAAGUCAAAUGGAUAAAGCUAAGCCAUCCAGCACAUAGAGCCCUUGAGAAAAUUGUAAGUGACCCAGCACUUCUUAGAGAUUUGCGACACAUCACCAAGAUCAGUCAUACCCCACAAUUCGAGGUAUAUCGUAGCAUGUCCUUGAAAUAUAGGUCUAAGAGUUACUCCUAUAAAAUGGACUCGGCUUAUGCAAGAACCAUAUUGGCAAUCCUUUCAAACAACCACAGUGUGGGUAGAGAGCAGCCAAUGACUCCAUCAAAAUCUGACUUGCCAGCCAGUGGAAAAAGCUACCAAACCGUUUUACCUAUGCAGGAAAUGGGCAGGGUGGUAACGCCCAUUUACAGACAAGGUGUAGAGAACCAUCUGUUUAAGCUAUUGAAUGACUGCUUGAGCAUAAUGAGUGGAGACAUUCUCUUAUGAAUAAAUCUCAAAAUUGCCAAGGAACAUUGCCGACAAAAAGAUGUGAGAGAAGUUAUGUGACUGAACAUCAUCUCUCGCGAAUGUAGAUUAUCUGAUUAAAGGGCACCAAUCAUCACUAAAAUCAUUUCCUAAGUAAAUACACUAUGUGAAAGUUCAAGAAAUCCGAUUUUUAAAACAGUUUUAAAUUGUUUGUAUAAUGUAAAUCAUCAGCU